UAUCGCAACGCAAGACCGCAACCACGCCUGAAAUUCCAGAAUGUCUGGAUUGGUAGCUUAUGAGAGUAGUGAUGAGGAAGAUGAAGUUGAGGUGCCCCAAGUUUUGGCGAAAGAAGUGAAGGUGGCUGAAAUACCUUCAGACUCACAAAUAGACCAUAAACAUACUGGGAAAGAUUCAACUACGAAAAACCAACAUGCACCGCAACCAGAACCGCUGAACGCCCCCACUUCACCUCAAAUUCAGCCAGAGGCGCCGAUUGUUGGUCCUGCCCUUGGACCAACAGCGGCAGAUUCAACAGCGUCUCCGCUACCAGAGGAUACAGAUGACACUACACCUCGCUCACCAUAUUCGGCCGGCCGAGCGCUGUUGCGCGACCUGACCAUGCCGCCUGUCCCAAACUUCGAUAUCCCGCCCUCACCUCCAGGCUCGCCGCCUCCUACCACAGAGAAGAAAUUCGCCCAUUUCCUCCAGCUGAAAAAGCAGGGGACACACUUCAACGAGAGGCUAGCGAACUCUUCAGCGCUGAAGAACCCGAGUCUGAUGCAGAAACUCAUGGAUUUUGCGGAUGUCAGUGAGGAGGAUCAGUAUGCUACGACGUUACCGAAGGAUGUCUGGGAUCCGAGUGGGUUCCCGAAAUGGGCCUACAAAGAUGAACUAGCGAAGAGCCAGCAGCAGGUCCUCAAGAGGAAAGAAGAGGAGAAGCUAGGAGGACCAAGGGAGUUCGUUCCUGCGUCAGGGUCAGGAGAAUCAAGCCGUUCCGCAACGCCCAGCGCAGCGCCGAGAGGGGUGCCGAUGAGCGCCGCGGAGAGAGUCAUGGCGGGACUGGACCGUGGAAAGUCGAAUUCGCCACAGGUAGCUGGUACGAAGAGGAAGUCGCGGUUUGAAAGCUGAGAGACGGCCAUCGUGAAGUGGAAGUGACUUUGAGAUGAGAAAUACAUUUUGGCACCUCUGUGUCACGAGAUAUGUGGCAACAGUCAUGGCAGUCAUGCCCCAGCCAUGCCAAGGCAUCAGGUGGCUACUGUGCGGAUAGAAGGGGAUCAUCACAGCUGCAGGGGCGUAAGGGGCCAUCCGCGGAUAUACGCGUUCUGCCACACCGGAUGGGAGGCUCGGGGGCUCAUGUGAAUGGUAGGAGCCGGUGAUAGGAGCUCAUGGCAUGCUGAUGGAUGCAACAAGAGAGCUA